AUGUCGGAGAACGCGAUAGGGAGAAAAAGUUUCGGAAAUUCGAGAUAUUCUCGCCGCAGUCAGGGUAGCUCGGACGCCGUGCUACCGCCUCGACGCAUGUCUCGUUUCGCUUCGAAAUUUCAGGAACACGUCCUGAAGGAGACCAUGGUGUCAAAGUUUCAAGUCAUGGAACUGGAAUUAGAACGAUCCCUUGAUUCGCAAGAUUACACGGAAGCCGAUUUCGAUAUCAAGAAGAAGUUUAUCGAAGAAGAUGAGAAAGAAAAUGACGAGGAAGAGAUGGAAAACGAAACGACGGCGUCUGAAAAUAUUAGAGAGAGCAAAAUAGCCAACAGGCACGUUCAUAUUAUACAUGAAACUGAGGACUCAACCGCACCUACCAAUGAGAUGUUCGUGGAUGUAGAAGAAGAAAAAGAGGAUGAAGAGGAAGAGGAAAUAGAAGCAGAAAUUGUUGAUAAAGUUUCAGAAGACCGGGGUAGCUGGAAUUUAGAUGAAAAAAACGAUGAAGUAUGGUAUGAUGUGUCCAUUGUGGAAUUAAUGGCUGAAGAUAAAUACAAGUUCUGCUACCCCUACGAUUCAAUCUGUUCGAAAGCCACGACAACCAAUCCUGCACAACUGCCCUCAGAUCUCAUUACAUUGAAUUGCUCUCUGGGCUAUGACUGCCAGCGAUUCUACAACUUGAUCGCGCUUGACGCUACCAUCCUGGCUUACGUCGCGGGCAACUACGUCGUCUUCUACAAUUUCAAGAUUAACAAGAAAAAAUACCUCAGGAGUUUAGCUGGCACUGGUUUCUCUGCUAUUACAAUAGAUUUACAAAAGAGAAAUUUUGCGGUUGCCGAAAGAGGCAGCAAGCCUAGCAUCGACAUCUUUCAUUUCCCGUCUAUGAGGUUGCAAAGAAUUUUAAAAAAUGGCGCCGAAAAAUCAUUCGCUUAUUUGGAUUUCAAUCCGGACGGUACAAUGUUAGCAUCGUUAAGCGGCGAACCGGACUACACCCUGGCAAUUUGGGAUUGGAAGAAAGAGGUGAUAGCCUGGAGGAGCAAGGCGUAUGGUCAGGAUAUUUAUAAAGUGAGGUUUUCAUUGGAGAGUCAGAAUAAAUUGAUAUCGGCAGGGGUCGGGCAUAUCAAAUUCUGGACAAUGGCGGAUACAUUCACGGGCUGCAAACUGCAAGGUCUCCUAGGCAAGUUUGACCACGUGGAAAUCUCGGACAUCAGCGCCUUUGCCGAACUUUCAGGAAACAGGGCACUGUCCGGAUGUGAGUGGGGGAAUAUGUUGCUCUGGGAAGAUGGCGUCUGCGUUACGGAGAUCUCCAAGAAAGGUAAAACGUGUCACGUGGGACCCAUACAGCAAAUUUUUAACGAUAACGGUUCCAUACUCACGCUCGGGAUUGAUGGAAUGAUAAAGGUUUGGGAUAUUGAAGAGAGGAUCGGCGAGCAGAAUGAGGAGCAGAUGAUCUGGGAGAUGGAUCCACUGGAUGAGAUAAAAAUCGGAAAAUACGGCUCUCAAUUACACUUCAUGAUGAAAGUUGACAAAUCGACAAACGAAACCGAAAGCGGGGUGUGGUUGGUGCAAGAUUUGGGCGGAGUCAUCUGGAUGAUUGACUUGAGUUUCCAAUUGAAUUCUUUUGAGCCACGUCAGCUGAUGUCGUGCCAUGCUGGGCCCGUGCACUCGUGCGACACUUCCGCCAUCUCUCAUUUGCUGGUCACCGUAGGGCAAGAUUGUAGCGUGCGAGUAUAUGACACGUUGAGAGCGGUGCAGUUGUGCAUGGGUCGGUUCAACAGUCCCGCCACUGCGGUCUUGUGGAUACCUCUUCAAGUCGACCAGACAUGUGCAACGAUAAUUGUUGGCUUUGAGGAUGGAGUGAUCAGGCUGUUAAGAGUUCAAUACCGAAAAGAUAGAAAUCACAAACUUCCCAAUAUUGCUCACCAAGAACUGAAACUCUGUGACGUCAUGAAACCUCACAAUCGUUCUGUCGUGUCUUUGGUUUAUAAUGCGGUCAAGGAUUCACGUGAUAGCACAGUUUUCUUUUUUACUGUUUCCGGCAACAAGUUCAGUAGGAUUGGAUUCGUCAACACGCCAGCACCUGUCACUUACCUGGCUUGCUCCCCACCAUCUGCGGUACCCCAGAGUUUAUUGGUCUCCUGCCUGGAAGGUCAUGUAGUUGAUGUUGACCUAACGAACGUUCUAAAGUUCGACAACUCAACAACCUACCGAAUGCAGGGCAUGGCCAUCAAGAUGUUCAAUGCAGCGACUAACCACAUGAUCUUUGGUACGCAAGAUGGACGACUGCUGGUCUACUUGUCUGAAAGGAUUCACGAUUCGGUUGGAGGCGACAUAAAGCACAUCUCCCUGAGUUACGAUUUAAAGAGCAUCUUCACAGUCGGCUCUGACGGAAACGUAUUCAUGUUCGACUACAAUCCCAAACGGAAAUCGAUCGGUGAGGAAGGCGAAAAUAAGGAGAAAAUGAUUGAGGAAAAGAGGGUAAAGGAUUCUAGUGAAGAAGAUGAAGAUGAUGGAGAGGAAGAUGAGGAAGAAGAUAAAGAGGAGGAGGAGGAUGUGGAUCUGGAGGGAGCUAUGUUGAUGAGGAGAUCUCUGGAGAACAAGAAGAGGGCGGGGGAGAACCAGAGGACUAAGUUGGAGAUAAUCCGGAAGAUGCAGAGGUCCUUCAGAGACCUCUCUGCAAGGAAUAUGGCUCUAUCCGAACACCUCAGACUUCAUCCUGUGGAGUUCGUGAUGAACAGAAUGUUCGAAGAGGCAGCAGACGAAGUGAAGAAAUUGAAGUUGGACGAAGCCGAGCGGAUGCUUCUGUUCGAGACGACGAAGACUCACAUCACCUGGAAGAAAGUCAGAGAGAGAUACAUGGAACCCAUAGCAUCUGAUCUGAUUACGGUAUGCGGUCUGAGGCACGAUCUGAAGGUGUCCAGCUUCCGACUUGUCAAUAUACCGGUCGAAUUCAUGCAGAAGAUGAACGCCAUCAAGAAUAGCGCUUUUUUAAGAUCCACCAUGCUCCGAUCCAACGCUGAAAAACAAGAUGGCGACAAUGAAUCAAAAUCCAGUCCGGAUGAGGUGAUGCUGACCAGUCAGGAGGCGCAGAACUUCAAGUACAGGCAGCUGUUCUCGAAACUCAUGAAGAUGGGCAACCACGGCGAGAGGAAGAUGAAAACUCUCCAGAAGAUGGAGAUGUGGCGUCUGCAGAGAGAGGCCAGGAGGAAUGAAUGGGAAGAGUUUUUGAAAAGUGAACCUCAGUACCAAGUGGCGGCCAACGAUGACGAUAGCGACAUAACGGAAGCCAAGAGCAACUUGGGCGACAUGAAGCUGAAGAUGGCUGUUGAAAAUAAGAUAACCUCGAGCAAGCAGAUGAUGACUAUGGAGAAAUCCAACAAAGCCAUGGUCAAUCAUUUGUUGUUGCUUCACGAGUGCAAGCAGACGUUCAACGAGCAGCUUCAGGACCUCCGCCAGCACAAGCGCCAGCUGCACAAGAUGUAUGCUAGGGCCGAAGAGAGACUCCUUCAGCUGCACGAUCACAUCCCUGUCGGAAUGAGGAAGUACCUCAGUCGGGUGGAUACCUGGUUCGCUAGUCAGGAAUAUCCGGAGAGUAAGUUUACUCUCGAUAGAGCGACAAUACCGAAAGCUCAUGGAAAAUAUACUCUUUUCCAUCUGACACAAAAAACAGCAGCAGCUACAGCAACUGCAACGGCCAUAAAACCCCAGCAGCAGCAGCAGUUAUUUCCCUUACCUGAUAAUUACAUCAAUGAGAAAAUCAAGAUUAAAAAACAAAUGCAAUGUUUGUACGAGCAAGACAUGUUGAUAGAGGACAUAAGCAGGAGGUUGAGGCACUUCGACGCCAUGCUACUGCACGUCAGGGACAUCAAGUUUUCACUCGACAGUUUUGUUAAACAAGCUGAAUUGAGAGAGUUCUUGCUAUUGAAGGAGUUGCUGAAAGUGACGGAGAUGUUUGCUGGCGAAGAAGCUCUUACUGGAGUUCUCGAGUCCAAAGUUAAAGAUGAAGCCGAAUUACUGAAGAAGAUAGAAGAGCUGAUGUCCAAGAUUGACAAGUGCCAGAAGGAAGUGGUGAGGUUGGCAUCGCAGUUGGCCUCCCAAGAGAAACAGUUCCUAUCCAUCAUACCCGAAGCUUACAAGUUCAAUGAUUUCCUCAUCAAAGUUUAUAAGCAGAAAAUUCGAAGAAGGGUUUUGAUUGAGAGAAAGAGUAUUACUGCUGGACCAGAUGAGGACGAAGACGACGACGACGACGAAGAUGAUGAUGAUGAGGAGGAGGAAGAUGAUGAUGAUAGCCUGGAUGAGGACGACAACUACAUGAAUCUGGAUGUCUGUCCGGAGGGCUGCAACAUUGCUCUAAUGGAUCUAGCUGAGAAGGUAGCGGACCUGAAGAAACAGAAAGAUCAGGCGAUGAAGGAUUUGGAGGUUAAGAAGAAGAUCGUCAAGAGCGCUCAAGAGGAAGCUACAAAGGCCGCCAUCAAUCUCGACCUCUAUCAGGUAGCGAAAUUGAAAGCGGUGAAUGAAUUCUACACGGUAGUCGUACUGGUCUUCAAGCAGAUCGAGUGUCUGGACGAAGAUAACGAACGGAUGACCAGUGACUUGGACGGCACUCUCGCCAUCGACUACAGCCAAUUGAAAUGGCUCGAGAAUAGAAUUGACCAGCUGGAGAAGGAGGAGACCCAGGAAAAGCACAUCCUUCUGCUUCGCUCUAAAACUCGGAUGAUGAAGCGAAUAGCGGAAGCCGAGGCUGAAACUCGAGUGGCGAUGCUACAAAAGUUUGGUAAGCUGUCGAAAAUUGAGAAGAUGGAAGCGGAGUUAUCAAACGAGAUGAAGAUCAACACUGACAUCCUCAACUACCUACUGGCCUACAAAGAUAUCUCUGAUGAACUUGCCAACGAUCUCAAUAGAACUCAAAAUCAUAUGAUGGAGCCGAUAAGAAUAAAGAAGCAAAUGCAAAUGGUAGUGGAUCAGUUCCAAGAGUUAGUGGAGCUGAAGAGGACGAGGUACCAACUGCUCUACUGUACUCCAUCGUCAUUUUUGUGA